GUCAAAUUCAUUUCAGUGAAAAUCCAGUCCCGUCCCAGACUCCCAGGUCGGGAAGCUGAGCCUGAGCGUAGGAGAAGACGUGAUGGCAAAAACAACCCAAAAUAACGUCGACGAGGACGAGCUCCGCCGCAUGAAACUAGAAGUAGCCUUAGAAGUGAAAUCUCUCCGGCGCAUCAUCAGCGCUUAUCUCAAUUAUCCAGAGGCAGCUGAAGAAGAUGUUAGAAGAAACGAAAGGUCUUUCCAAAAGCUUCCCCAGGCCCAUAAGGAACUCUUAUCCCACCUUCCAUCUAAAUUUCAGAAGCUGAGAUGGUAUGUUUUUUCAUGGUGACCAUGUUUCUUAAUUUAUCUCUAGGAGUGAUAAAAUUGAUCAGACCUUUUUUAACCAAUAGGUGUUCCUCGUCUUUGUUAUAAACUUAAAGAGUUUUCUUGUUGAGAUGUACUUUAGAUUAAGAAGUGAGGAAACUGGUUUUGGUUAGUCAUCCAUUUAAUUAUAUGGAUUGUGGGAAACCAUUUGUAUUGUUGUUUAUUCUCAUAAAAGUAUUUUAUGUUAGUCGAUAGGCAAUGUGUAGCUCCGUAUGGGUUUAAACAUUUUGUUCCCUUUCCCAAUUUUCCACUGUAUUAUAACUUUUUGUUCCUUUUCCCAAUUGUUUGAAGUUUUGCUGAACCAAAGUUCAAAAAUAAGACUUUCUACUCUAGUCUUGUGAUUUAUUGUAAUGAUUACUGCAAGUUGGCGUUACAGUGCAAAUAUUCCCCCUCUUUCACACGCAAAUUAAUAGUGAAUUUUUUAUGUAUCUCCCUAAUUCAGUGUGCAUAUUGUGGGUACGAAUAUAAUAUGUUCAAUGCAAGAACCUGCACUUCCUUUCACGUACACCUGGAACUUCUGUUGAUUACCCAUAUGCUACAAGAUCAUCUUACAAUUAUGGUGCUAAUCUUGAAAUGCUUCAACUUUUUUUACACUACUCUUGCUAUCUGAUUCUUGUAAUAUGUGUGUUAUGCUGCAGGUGCAUUUUGAAAAAUUCAUUUUUUAUUUUUGAAAUGCUUAAGGCAUUUGAACCCCCACUUGAUAUGAGUCAGGACAUCGAUCUGUGUGAAAAAGAAUGUCAGAGGAAUGUUCAAAAUAAUUCCGUCUUCACUGGGGAGACAACUCUUGGCUCUUGCAGGCUUCUGUCUGCAGAUGGAAGGGGUGUUUCCCACUGUAUAGCUGAUGCAGUCAAUCCCGUGAAUGUGAUUCACAAUGCUCCCAAAGAGAUGAGUCUCCAUCAGUAUGAUGUAUUAAAUGUUGGGAGCUGUUCUGUGGGUGAGCGCAAGGAAAAUGAAUUUUGUCCAACUGAUGGGUCGGCGUUUUCUUCUACUUGUUGCAAUGGAAAUGUUAUAUCUUCUACCCCUGAUUGGCUGGAUCCAUCAUUGCAGUUGCAUGUUCCUUUAGUUGAUGUAGAUAAGGUUAGGUGUAUCAUUAGAAACAUUGUACGAGAUUGGGCGGCUGAGGGAGAGAAGGAGCGGGAUCAGUGCUAUAAGCCCAUUCUGGAAGCACUUCAUAACUUAUUUCCCCAUCGGAACGAGGAGAGUCCACCAUGUUGUUUAGUUCCUGGUGCUGGACUUGGGAGACUAGCUCUAGAAAUUUCUCGUAUCGGGUUUAUAUGCCAAGGAAAUGAGUUCUCAUACUACAUGAUGAUCUGCUCAAGUUUUAUUCUUAACCAUACCCAGACUUCUGAGGAGUGGACAAUCUAUCCUUGGAUACAUAGUAAUUCCAAUUCCCUGUCUGACAGUGACCAGUUUCGUCCUAUUUCAAUUCCAGACGUACACCCAGCUAGUGCAGGGACUACUGAAGGUUUUUCAAUGUGUGGCGGUGAUUUUGUUGAAGUAUAUAGUGAUCCAAGCCAAAUAGGUGCUUGGGAUUCCGUGGUGACUUGCUUUUUCCUUGAUACAGCGCAUAAUAUUGUAGAAUAUAUUGAAAUUAUAUCAAGAAUUCUCAAGGAAGGGGCGGUCUGGAUAAAUUUGGGUCCCUUACUCUAUCACUUUGCAGACACCUAUGGGCAGGAUGAUGAGAUGUCAAUUGAGCUCAGUUUAGAAGAUGUGAAAAGAGUUGCUCUUCAUUAUGGAUUUAAGUUUGAGGUAAUUGCGACGAUGAGAAUGUAUUAUUCUCAGUUUUACCUGUUACGAAACUGACUGAAAGCUGUUGGAAUUUUUGUUAUUUAUUUGAAGCAAUGCUCAACCAUUGAGACAACCUACACAACAAAUCCUCGAUCUAUGAUGCAAGUAAGCCUUUUUUACCUAUUGUUUCUUUUGUGCUCCUUAGUUCCGAAGUUUUUGAGCAUGUUGUCACAUAUUUAGUUUAUACAAGAUGGUGCUUAUUGACCUCUCAUGGCGGGUGGUGGUUUGCUAAUAUGUGUGUUUAUUCCUAUUAAAGUAAAUUGUUGAUUCCCUCUUUACUAUUUAUAAUAGUCAAAUACAAGAAAUGGUACUAAUAGAACAGAAUUGAGAUUAUAAACAAUCCGUUUUGAGUGAUGCUGGUAGAGAAGGAAUUGGAGUUGGGCAUAUAUUCAGAAACACUGAGGACUUCGACCAAGAGGUUUUUAACUGGAGUUUUCUCACAUCUAAGUGGGUCUGCUGGGUGAAUUUUUUUUGGAAAAAAAGAAAUCACUCAGUUUAGACAUAAGAGUAGCGAUGGGUGAUAUCAACAAGACUAUUUAUUGUGUAGACUUAUUUAGUUGCAAUGUUUUUUGGCUCAUUUGUUUUCUGGUAACAAGAUAUUCUUCGUGGUCAUUUUUUCUGAUAAAAUAUUCUUAAAUGUCAAACUACUAAUGUUAUUAGGACUCAACAUUUAGCUAUUAUAAGUAGAUGGGCUUGAAGUGUUGAAAAUUUGAUUAUUAUUGUUGUAGUUGAUGGUUUGUUGGUCUAGUCUCCUCGUAUACAAGAACAGUUAUCUCAGUAUAUAGUCUUGUUGCGGUUAAAACUGCCAUAUAACAACUAUUAAGCCUUUAUUUUCACUAUGUGAAGCCUAUUGAUCAAAUAUCACCUUUUGUGCUCUGUCAGAACUGAGAACACGUAUUUUUAUUAUCUAAGUUAAUCCUAUCUUUUCGUAUUGUUAUUAAUCUUUUUAGGUCUUUACCUUCUCCUUUUUAAUUCAGUCCAGGGUUUCUGAUAAUCUCACUGGGGCAUCUAAAAGACUCUAAAUAUGCCGAAACUGCUUUAAAGUGUGUGUCAUUGUUUCAUCUACCCUCACCCAUUACUCAUUAUAUGUGUGCACACAUAUUCAUCUCAACAUUUUUUUUAUUUUGUUUUCAUAUCUAGCGGCCUAGCAUUCUGAUCCAUGCAGCUGCUAUGAUGUGCCUGAUUAUUUCAAUUAACAUCUCGAUUGGGGAUUUGAUUUUUGUUGUAGAACCGGUACUUUGCGGCAUUUUGGAUAUUGCGGAAAAGUGCCCAUGGAAAUCAGGAAGGUCUGAUCUAGAAGAUAGCUGUUUGCUCAAAUGGGCAUCCUCGAUGUGGACAUCUUGGUCACUUUUUACAUUCUUAUGCAUUAUUUGCAAAAUAACAUGGUUUGAAAUUGCGGGAACUUGCAUUG